GGCACCGGCACAUUGAGUGCGCCAAGACGGAGAUUUAACCCAAUCCCCGCUCUCCACCAAUAGGUCCCCGGUCCCCCACAUCGAAGUGGAGCAGCCAAGUCAACGUCAAGAGAUAGAGACAUAAACAUUCGCAAUCCAUUGCUGGGCGCCAUGCUUAACAAGUCAUGUCCAGGUUGUUUCGACUCACCGAAAGGAGCCACAAACUUAAUUGGCGAUGAGUUUUGUUCCACCAAACAGCGAUACCAGGAUCGCUAUGAACAAAUCAGUAGGAGGAGGAUAAGUUCUUAGGCGUUUUUGUGUGCCAUCCGAAAGAGCCAUGUUUCAGGCUCAAGAAGUAUAAGUAUCGUCGCAGCUCUGUCAUAUUGUCUCACAGCACAUCCAGAGCUUCAGCAUCUUCAAGCACACUCAUUCAGACUCUCACUUCUCACCACUUGAACCUCACUCCUUCAACAUGCGUUUCGAAAUCGCCCUUAUCACUGCCGCAGUCGGCCUCGCUGCUGGUCAGACACUGAACAUCCCCACCCGCGUUGGUGACAUCGUGCACCUCUCCAAGCCCAGUUCCAUCUCCGGCUCCAAGGAUAUGGGGGGCAAGGAGUUCGAUCGUGGCAGGGCCUGUGACACUGAUGCCGACACUGGCAGUGACAGCGCGGUCUUCAUCCUUGAGAACGGUGCCACCUUGAGCAACGCUAUCAUCGGAAAGGAUCAGCUCGAGGGUAUCCACUGCAAGGGUGCUUGCACCAUCAAGAACGUCUGGUUCCGUGACGUUUGCGAGGACGCGAUCUCUGCCCUCGGCUCCGGAAACGUUCUCAUCGAGGGUGGCGGUGCCCAGGAGGCCAAGGACAAGGUUGUCCAGCAUAACGGCAAGGGUACGGUCACCAUCAAGAACUUCACUGUCGUCAACGCUGGCAAGCUCUACCGUGGAUGCGGUGACUGCACCAACAACGGAGGCCCCAGGAACGUUGUCAUCUCUGGUGUCAAGGCCAAGGGUGUCAGUGAGCUUGUUGGCAUCAACUCCAACUACGGAGACACCGCCAACAUUCAGAGCUCGUGCGGAUCUGGCGUCAAGAAGAUCUGCCAGGAAUACAAGGGUGUUGAGAAGGGCAACGGUGACAGCAGCAAGGUCUCGACCACCGCCAGCUGCAAGGGCCAGACUAGCUUCUCCGCUUGCUAAACAUCUUCAGCAGCGAUGUUUAGUAUAUAUCCUCUUACGGGGCAUCAGCAGCGCGCUGUGUGCGAGC